AUGGCAACAAUCUCGAGCAGUAGAGCUGCUCCGGCAGACUCGGGCAAGGUCGACUCGCACCCUUACACGUGCAACACUUGCCAAGUGGCCUUCCGAAACAGCGAGCUACAGAAGGGACACAUGCGACAGGACUGGCACCGAUACAACCUCAAGCGUCGUGUUGCGUCUCUCCCCCCAAUCUCCUCUGAUGUGUUCAACGAAAAGGUCCUCCAGGCCAAGGCUGCUACCUCUGCACAAGCAGACAAGGCCCGCUAUGAGAAGCUUUGCAACAUCUGCCAGCGAACCUAUUAUAGUGAGAACUCGUAUCAGAACCACCUCAGUGGCCAGAAGCACAGGGCCAAGGAAGCAGCCGCACAGCGCAAGCCGGAUACCUCGCACCACGAUGACGCUAGCUCUGUCGUCAGCUCGACCUUCUCUCUGGGAGAACCCCAGCGCAACGGAUUCUCGGAAGUCGACGCUGACGCCGAGGAGGAAUUCUCGCAGGUCAUCGAGGGCAUGAAGAAGGCCAACCUCAAUAACACCUCGCCGCUCAAGCGGCCAGCCAACCCCCAUCCAUCCAGCGAAGAGAUGGAUAUUGAAGAGAGAGCUUUGAACGCCAGCGAGCAAUCGGGCUCCACACCCACUCCAUCCAAGGCUUCUGUCCCGGCACCGUCAAUCAAAGCGUGUCUCUUUUGCAACUACCAGUCACCCACCGUUCUCCUGAACGCUGCCCACAUGGAGCGGUUUCAUGGCAUGUUCAUUCCGGAGAAGCAGUACCUUGUGGACCUUGACGGCUUGAUUGGUGCGCUUCAAGAGCGUGUUCGUGAAGAGUUCGAGUGCCUCUACUGUGGCAAGUACAAAGGAGAUGUUUUCGCAAUCCAAACCCACAUGCGCGACAAGGGUCAUUGCAAGAUCCCCUACACCACAGAGGCGGAGCAGCUCGAAAUUGGAGAGUUCUAUGACUUCAGAAGCACAUAUUCAGAUUCAUCGGAGGAUGAAGAUGAAGACGAAUCAAUGGAUGAGGAUGAGCGCAAUGGUGGCGCCAAGCUGGGCAUGAAGAGGCCGACUACAAUUUUUGGCGAGGAUGGCGAUGAACUCAUGGCUGAGGACGACGGAUGGGAGACGGACAGUUCAGCAUCGUCUCUCGAUUCCGACGAUCUGACUGCCGUCCCAGCGGGCACUUCAUACCACCAGUACGAGCGUCUCAACAAGCAUCCGCAUCACUCCAAGACGGACCCGCGCUCUCACCAUCAGAAGGACGGCUGGCACUCCCAUGCCCACAAGCACGCCCACACCGCCUUCUACGACGAGUUCGAGCUGCAUCUGCCCUCCGGCAGGUCGGUCGGCCACAGAGCCUUCAACCGUUACUUCCGCCAGAACCUGCGCGACUACCCGACCGACCAGGAGCGUGCUCAGCGCCAGCAGCUCGCCAUUGAGAACGGCGAGGACCCGGCGGCAAACAGCCAGAGGCAGAUUGCCGGCCGGAACUUUGGCCGCGAUCACCGCGCGGUCGUACCUGCCGGUGAGAACCGGAUCACCGCCGGUGUGACUGAUCGUGUGGGCAAGGCCAUGACAAAGCAGGAGCAAAAGAGGGUGCGACGGGCAAACUCAGCCUGGGAGAAGAGGACUGUCAACUUUGCAAAGCCGAGCAUCGCGUUCAAGUACUACAAAUACACUGAGGGUCGGUAA